AUGGCUGUCGAUGAAGCGCAACUAAUUUACGAAUUGCGAAAUGUCGGGUACGGGGGACCGUUUCUGGAUCAGAACUAUGCGUCGACGGCGAUAUUUGCUGGGCCCCAGAGCACCGAAUUCCAGGACAUUGUUAUUUGGCUUACAGAGGAAAUACGAGUACUGGGUAAGCUGGACGAGCGUGUAGGAAAAAGCGAAGAUUCCUCCGCGUUCGUCUUGGAGCUUUCCGCGUUUCUUAAGGAACUCACCUGCCCGUAUUCAAGUCUCACGUCCGGUCACGUAUCGGAACGCCUGCAAACCCUGGAAUCCAAGCUGCUUCUGUUGGACUAUCUGAUCAAUGAGCUGAUGACAUUCAAAAUGCUAGAAUCGUUGAAGCCAAAGGAAAAAUCGACCGUCAUCACGCUUCACGAAUCGCCUACCGCUGCCGCUUUAAAGGACAUUUGCAUCACGCUCGGCAUGGGAAAACCUCCGAACAACGUGCCUCCCAAGGCGCUGUUCGAAAGGAUCAAUGCCAGCUUGGACGAAACAAUUCGAAAGGCGGGAGAAAACCGCCUCAGCAAACCCCUGUUCAACCCGAAGCAGCGCCUAACGGCCGAGCAAUGGGCGAAGCUGGAACGGCUGCAAAAAGAACUGGACGACGAAUACGAUUUGCGGCGAAAAAUGCUGCUCACUCGGCUAGACGUCACCAUCCAGAGCUUCAAAUGGUCGUCCCGCGUCAAAGAUAAAGAGGGUGUCAUCGCAGAGCGGUACGCGGAAAAGCGAAAGGUGCUUGAAUCGCUGGAGGUGGGCGGCCGCGACACAGAUAUUGCGUCACUGCUCGCUGCCCGUGAAACCCUCGCCAUAAUUGAGAAGACGAGCAGUGCGUCUGUGCGGAAGAACACGAAGAGCAAAAUACAGCGCCACAUCAUUGGUCGUGUGCCUGAUCGUGGCGGACGCGCCUACGAGCACAAUCCUCCCCCGUUGGAAAUGCCGUCCUGGCAAACACAACGAAGCACUGGCGGUGAACGCGGUGGUCGAGGUGGAUACGGCGGUGGCAGGGGUGGAGGCCGAGGAGGAAAUACCGGCGGUGGAGGAUACCAGCAGCAACAGGCAAAUUUUUCCAACAAAGGCUACAACCAAGGUGGACAAGGAUAUCACCAAGGCGGCAGAGGUGGAUAUAACCACGGUGGUGGGGGUGGUGCCGGUAAUGGUACUGGUGGCGCUGGUGGAGGUGGCUACCAUCAGGGAGGCGGUGGUGGUGGUGGACACAACCAAAACCGUGGCGGUCGCGUACAAGGCGGCUGGUCGCAACCUCAACAAGAUUACAACCACAGCGGUUAUGGUUCAGGAUCGAGCCGCAGCAGUUACAGUGGCAACAGCGAUCAGUACAGUAAUAAUUCGGGCAGUAGUCGUGGUAGCUAUGGCGAUCACCGUGGAGGCGGUUACAGUGAUCGAGGCUACGGCAGUGAUCGCGGGGGAUACGGCGAUCGAGGCGGCUACGGAGACAACCGCAACAACUACGACAAUGAGUACAAUAAUCGCGGUGGAGGCCGUGGCGGAGGCGGGCGGUCUAACUAUAAUCGAGGCGGGGGCCGACGCUAGACGUUGCCCGAGAGAGAUUCCACGACGGUCGUUUGCAUCCUCAUUUCGUUUCAUAUCACUCCGAAUAAGUGUGAAACUUGCAUGUUUAUUUUACACCACAGUAGUUCCCAUGAUUGCAUGAUGAUUGCAAUUCAAUGUUCAAUAAAGCAUCUAUCUG